AUGACUCCUUCUAUUCUGCAAUUUUUGAGCGUUGCUACAACUUGCUUCCUCGCAGCCGCUGCCUCGUUUUCUGGACGUCGGUAUGACGAUGAAGUUGACGAAGUGAUUGCUCGUGAUGUCUGCAUUAUUGGAGGUGGGGCAUCGGGCACGUAUGCUGCAGUUCAGCUUAAAGACAUGGGAAAAUCCUCGAUACUCAUAGAGAAGAAAGAUAUACUUGGAGGACAUACUGACAGAUACAUUGACCCCAUCACCAAAAAGGUUAUCAACUUUGGGGUUAUGGUCUUUUCAAACCUGAAUGUCACCACUGAUUUCUUCGGGAGAUUGAAGAUUCCACAUAAAAAGACCUUCUUAGGAGACCCGACAUCCAAGCUAUACGCUGAUUUUAGGACUGGAAAUGUCUACAAAGAUCACAGAGGCCCAAACAUAACAAAGGCAGUAACUACUUAUGCCCUCCAAACUGCGAAAUAUCCGGAACUAGGAGGAGGUUAUUUCCUUCCCGACCCUGUUCCUGAGGACUUGGUUUUACCAUUUGGCGAAUUUGUGAAAAAGUAUGAUAUGGGUGAUGCGCUUGAGAUCGUCAACAUUUAUCUUCAAGGGUUCGGCAAUAUCCUUGAACGACCCACCCUCAGCAUUAUGAAAACACUCGAUCUCGUCGUCCUUAAUGAUAUACAAAACGGCUAUUUGAUCCCCAGCAGUGGCGAUAACCAUGAAGUUUACGACAAAGCUUUUGAAAUUAUCAAGUCGGAUGUCUUGCUUCAAUCCCAGGUGCAGUAUGUUGAUCGUCGUAGUGAUCAUGUCACGGUUUUCGUUAAGACGCUUUCAGGACGAAAGAUUAUACGAGCCAAAAAGCUUCUUGUCACGAUCCCACCAAGUGUGUCCAACCUCGCGGAGCUUAAUUUGGAUCGCGAGGAGAAGUCAAUUUUCGGGCAGUUCAAUUACACCGCGUACUAUACGUCCUUGAUCAAGAUUCCUGGCUUUCCUAAGUUUGACAGCAUGAUCAACUAUAACCCGAAUUACCCAUACGGUCUCCCUGAGCUGCCGGAUAUCUACUGGAUUACUCCCACUAUCAUUCCUGAUGUAUACGAUGUCAAAGCUGGCAGCCCUCAUACACUACGUGAGGAGGAUGUGAAGACUGAAAUGAUUAAUAAACUCAAACUGUUUCAAGCCAAAGGCUCCAAAAGCCCUGAAUUCGUAGCUUGGUCCAACCAUUCUCCAUUUGGUGCCACAGUGCCCAGGGGAGCGAUUGAGACAGGAUUCUACAAGAAACUAUACGCUCUACAAGGCCGACAUAGCACCUACUAUACAGGAGCUGCCUUCCACGCCCAUAACUCGGCUCUGCUUUGGAGGUUCACGAAAGAGCUUGUUUCAAAAAUGAUGAAAUAA